AUGCCAAUACAAAACAGUCCUCCUGGGAUCUUACCAAGUUCCAUUCUGCACUUGCAGAGCACACAACAAGAUGACAGCUCUUCGCUGUUCGUCUUCAUUCCUGGGAAUCCGGGAUUGAUAGAAUUUUACGAGCCAUUCUUGCUCCAGGUUCACCUCAAUAAUCCCGACUGGGAGAUCUUGGGGAUAUCCCACGCUGGAAUGAACUCCUGCGAUACAAUUCAAUGUCCGGUCUACACCUUGAAAGAACAAAAUGACCACUUUGUCGCAGUCAUAAACAGAUACUCAAAGGCCGGAAGGCCAUUGAUCAUCAUGGGUCACUCCGUUGGGGCCUAUUUGACCCAGAGAGUGGCACUUUCCAAUCAUUUGGUAGGAAAUGUCGUUCGAAUCGGUCUAAUCACACCUACGCUGAUAGACAUUCAUGACAGUGACAAGGGAAGAAAAUUGACGCCAAUAACUGCGUGGAUCCCCAGGUUUCAUGAACUAGUCGCUGGCUUGUCGUGGGUUUUGUUCGAAAAGAUGCUACCGACGUCACUCACAUCGAACCUUCUGUCCACCUUGAUGAGAGUUGAUCCUCAAUCAGCAAUGGCCAUAGCGACUAGAACUCUUGUCACAAACUCCAGAUUCAUCAAGCAAGCGCUAGGAUUGGCUACUGAGGAGAUGCGGGUGAUUAGGUCCGAUUGGGAAUUCCAGCGAACUUUCACAGAAUUUUGCCAAGCUCGCAACAUCAAGAUCUGGUUCCUUUUCAGCAAUAACGAUCAUUGGGUGAGUGAGCAGACUCGUAAGGACUUAAUUCAGUUUUUCGAAGCAAACGGAGACCCUACAAUGCUAAAAAUCGAUGUAUCACCUACUUUAGAACAUGCGUUUGUGCGUAGACAUGCAGAAAUCGUUGUGACAGAAUAUUUCGGGCAUUAG